AUGAAGGAAAGUGCUACGUUGAAGGAAAAGAAUGUAGAUAAUGGCAACGAAAUAGUACAGGCCGAUGAAGCAUAUAAGGCUGCCUAUCGACUAGAAACUAAUGCAACCUCAACUUCAGAAUACAGUGAGCAGCAAUGUGAACUAAAAAAAGGGUUGUCGAAUCGUCAUGUUCAAUUGAUCGCUUUCGGUGGUUGCAUUGGAACGGGAUUAUUCAUAGGUACCGGUAUUACUCUGCGAGAAUCCGGCCCAGUGCCUUUAGUGCUCUCGUUCGUUAUCAUUUCUACUUUUGUCUACCCGAUCAUGUGUUCGCUGGCGGAAAUGAUCUGUUUUCUUCCUCAGCAGGGUGCUGUUGCGGAUCUUGUUGCUAGGUAUGUUGACCCAAGUCUGUCAUUUGCGACGGGAUGGAAUUACGCGUAUGCUAAUGCAAUGAUUGUUCCUGCAGAGAUGACUGCUGCUGCAAGUAUUGUAAGGUAUUGGACAGAUGCAGUACCCGUAGCCGUUUGGAUGGCUAUAUUUUUAGUGCUUAUUGUUGCAUUGAAUUUCACGGCUGUACAGUACUACGGAGAGUCCGAAUUUUGGUUUUCAUCUAUUAAAAUUAUUUGUAUUUUUGUCUUAUUAAUUGUAAGUGUGGUUAUAUUCUUUGGCGGUGCGCCAACUCAUGAUAGAAUCGGUUUCCGAUACUGGAAAAAUCCGGGGCCAUUUGGACACUAUAUUGCAGAAGGAGCUACUGGAAGACUUGCCGAUGUUUGGACUGCUCUUGUGCGCUCUACAUUUUCCUUUAUCCUCUCUCCUGAGCUAAUUGGGCUGGCGUGUGUGGAAGCCAAGGAUACCAGGCGUAACAUUGAAAAGGCUUCUAAAAGAUUUGCCUACAGAAUUAUUUUCUUCUAUGUCUCCUCUGCGCUUAUGAUCAGUGUGAUCUUGGCAAGCAAUGAUCCUAAAUUAGUGGCGGCUUUAGAUAGCAACGCGCCAGGUGCUGCCUCAUCUCCUUUUGUUCAAGGUAUUGCCAAUGCAGGGAUUCCAAUUAUGGACCAUGUCGUUAAUGUCGCGGUUCUUACUGCUGCUUGGUCGGCAGGUAAUUCAUUCUUAUAUGCGUCAUCCAGACUUGUCCUUGCGCAGUCUAAGCAAGGUAAUGCGCCAAAAUUCUUAGGCAAGAUCAACAGAUUUGGUACACCUUAUAACGCUGUUGCUGUGUGCUCUGUCUUUGGAGCGUUGUCAUUUCUGAAUGUCUCCAACUCUACCGGGCGUGUUUUUACAUGGUUAACUAAUGUCAGUACCAUUUCUGGGUUUAUCGGAUGGGCUAUGAUAGGGAUUUCAUACAUACGUUUCAGAAAAGCUGUACACUACAACAAUCUGCAAUCUAGAUUACCCUACAGAAGUCCACUUCAACCCUACUCCGCCUAUUACGCUGUGAUUGCCGUGAGUAUUAUAACGAUAACGAAUGGAUACCGUGUUUUCCUCAAAGGGCAAUGGAAUACGAGUAACUUCAUUGCCGCAUAUAUCAAUUUACCUAUAUUCUUUGGACUUUAUUUAGGGCAUAAACUGUACUACAAAACCCGUUGGUAUAUUCCUCUGGAACAGAUUGAUGUUAUUACUGGCCUCGAGGAGGCAGAACAAGAAAGCAGUAUGUCCAAUUUUGUUCCACCAAAGACCCUCUGGCAGAAGUUUAUAUAUUGGUUAUUGUAA